AUGUCUUCAUCAUUAGAUACCUUAAGUAACGUUGGUGAAAUGGGAGACGAGCCCUGCUCCAAUUUCGGCCCCGAGGAAGAAGGAAAAGAAUCAAAUGGAUUCGCCGAUAACAUUCAGGGUGGAAGAUUCGGCAACGGGGAAGAGAUUUCCGCUGAUCACGAUGAAGGCUUCCUCACUGCUGCGCAUGUAGUGGAAUCGAACGGGCGGGCUUAUGGGUUUGAGGAGGAUGCUGGCGUCUAUUUGUCUGAUGGUCCGAUUGUUUCUGAGCCUGAGGAGCUGACGGAAGAAGGGUUUCUUCUGCGUGAAUGGUUGUUUGCUGAAGGACAUAAAGACCCUGCUUCAGAUCAAGCAGGGGGAAAACGAAAGCCUGUGAGUGUACAUCACUUGUUUUUAGAAGAAAAUGCUGGAGGUAAGGAAUUUGAAGCCCCUCAUCUCCUGGACCGCUCUAAAAUAGGGGAUCUGCAACAAGCGAUUCAGCACUUUUUACCUGUUAAUCCUGCACACAGGCAGAACGCAAUUCAUCUUGAGGAGAAGGAAAGAAAAGAAGAGGAGAUCCGGAAUCAGAUCAUCGCAGAGGCAUACGAAUUCAAACUAGCCUUCUAUGAGAAGCGCCGACUUGAUGCCGACAUCAACAAGGCUAACAACAGGGAAAAAGAGAAGGUGUUUCAAUUCUUAACAAACCAAGAGAAUUUUCAUGCUAAUGCUGAUAAGCACUACUGGAAAGCUAUAACAGAAAUCAUCCCCAAUGAAGUGCCGACUAUUAAGACGAGAGGGAAGAAAGAGCAGGAGAAGAAAACAUCUAUUACGGUGGUUCCGGGGCCAAAACCUGGAAAGCCUACCGAUCUAUCCAGGAUGCGUCAGUUGCUGGUGAAGCUUAAGCAUACCCCUCCGCCUCAGAUGAAAGAAGAUGGCGAUUCUGAAGUGAAGAAAGCUGAUAAGAAAAUAACAUCAGAAGAAGCAUCCAGCGUUAGUGAUGCUAAAUCAAGCCAAAAAGAAGUAACACAAGUUCCAGAAGUAGCAGUAGCAGAAGGAAAAAUAGCUGCAGAGCCAAAUGCUGUAUCCACCAAGUGAGACUGAAUUACCUGGCUUUCAGGAGUUUAUCUUCCACAUCCGGCUUCGCACAGAAAACCUUAAGGAGUAUUUGUUCAGUUAUCUUUGUACUGAUUUUGCAUCUGGUUUGUCCGAUCGGAGAUAAUUAACAGUAUUUAUGAGCCUAAAGUUUGCUUGCACUGUAGAAUGUGGUUUAUAUUAAU